AUGGCCGUACUAGUUGACGAUUGUUUACUUGAGAUAUUUGAAUAUUUAGAAAAUGAUCCAAGGUCAUUACAUUUUUGUGUUCUUGUAAAUAGACGGUGGUGUCAACACGCAAUUUCAGUUCUUUGGAGAAACCCAUGGAAGUAUCGACAAGAAGGGUCCUUAAAAAAUUUAAUCGAUGUAUAUAUUUCAUUAUUGCCAGAGAAAACUCAAAAUAAAUUAUUACGAGAUGAAAUUAUCGAUAGUCCAUUGUUUAAAAAACUCACUUUUGAAUAUUCGAAAUUCUUAGAAAGUAUUGUAUUGAGUGAGUUAGUCGAUGAUAUUGUCCAUUGGAUCCACAAUAAACCUAUUAGAAUUCCUGAUUAUUCCUUUAACUAUAAGCCUCAACGUAAAAGGGAUGCCGCAAAGAAUCAUACAAAGGAGAUUUGGGAUGAAUUAUAUGCAGAUAAUGAUAGAAUAAUAAUUCAAAAAGCAAAUUUCAAAUAUAGUAAAAAGAAUUUAACUUAUGAAUUACUUAAAUUCUUUCUGACUAAUUCAACAAAUAUUGAUGCACUUUAUACUACAAAUCCUAGCAUUAAGAGCUUUUGUUAUAUAAUGGAAAUUAUUGAAAGAAAUCCUGUAACGAAAAAUCUGAUCGAUAAUUUAAGAAAAUUACAAUUUGGGAGCAAUGUAAUACAUUUAUUACCACGAACCUUAUGUAAUGUGGAAUAUUUGGAACUUGAAAAUUGCAAUUUAUGUUCAGAUGGUUUAAGAAAUUUUAUUAAUGCACAAAAUAACUUGAAGGAAUUAAGUGUGAAAAUUAGUAAGGCACGUGGUGAUAUCAAAAAAACUUUAGAUAUCAUUUCAAGUAAAGUAUCAAUUACCCGACUUAUUAUUGACGAUUCCCCGGGGACUUGUUUUAUCUUGAAAGGUUUUGAGAAUUUAACGGAAUUGAUUAUAACGUAUAAUGAACAAUAUAAUAUAAGUUUUUGGAAGCAUAUGGCAAAGGCGUCAUUAAGGAAUCUCAAGAAGUUGAUAAUCAACUAUAAUUAUACCAUAUAUUAUGAUCUUAUCGCAAAAUUUAUCGAUAAUUCUUCUUGUGAUUUGGAACAAUUUAUUAUCAACACAAAAAUUCAAGAAGAUCAAAGUGUUGCUGAUUUAUAUAUUGGGUCUAUCAGUAGACAUUGUCCAAGUCUAAAGGUUUUCCAAGGGGUAAUAAAUGAAUCUAAUCUAUCUGCAUUCUCUCAUUUAUUAAAAUGCACCAAUCUAAAAAUAUUACAUCUUUAUCCAACACAAAAAAUGUGUCAAUUUGAUGGUUUCAUGAAAGCAAUUAUGGAAAAUUCUUCCGAUAAUUUAUCUAGAUUAUAUUUAGAAACCGGGUGGAAAUUAAUGAAGUUAGGAAGUUUUAAAAAUUUUAUGAACGAAAGGAAUUCAUCAGGAUUAAAACCAAUUUCUUUUCAUUGUCAUAAAAAUUUUGUUAAUCGUCGUUCAAUAUUUUUAAAUCUUUGUGAGGAUUAUAAGCGAAAAGAUUAUUUGAUAGAUUAUCAUUUGUACGGAAAUUUGAAUAGUUAUGAUUGA